CCUACGCCGACCCUGCCGCCGUGGCGGCGCGAGCGAUGGUGGUUGCUUCCUUCGGCCGCCGGCCCGUCCUCUUCAUUUGGCCCGCGAUCAAUAGGUCCCUCGUCUCCCCCACCUGCCCUCCAAGGUUCGUAAGAUUUGCGAGUCCGUCAGCGAAACCCUCGAAGCUCGUCGCCGCCUCCAUGGAGAACCCUCCCCCGGGCUACCGGAGAAACGUCGGGAUCUGCCUCGUCAAUCCCGAGAACAAGAUCUUUUCGGCUUCGAGGCUUGACAUCCCCGGCGCGUGGCAAAUGCCUCAGGGCGGUGUGGAUGGAGAAGAAGAUCCCAGAGUUGCCGCAUUUAGAGAGUUGAAAGAAGAAACGGGAGUUACAUCGGCAGAAAUCCUUGUAGAGGUCCCUUAUUGGUUAACCUAUGAUUUUCCUCCGGAAGUAAGAGAAAAACUAAACAAACAAUGGGGAACAGAUUGGAAAGGUCAAGCACAAAAGUGGUUCUUAUUUAGAUUCACCGGGAAGGAAGAAGAAAUUAAUCUCUCUGGGGAUGGAUCUGAGAAACCAGAAUUCGGAGAAUGGACGUGGAUGACACCAGAGCAAGUAAUUGAACUCGUGGGCAGUGGAGUUCAAGAAACCAGUCUAUGAGCAGGUGUUACAGUUCUUUAAACCCCAUUUACAACCGGAUUCGGCUUCACAGAAGAAGAUUAUCUCUGGAGAUCAACCAUCUUUUGGAGAUCUGACCCCAUAAACUGGUUGAAUGCCUGCACAUCAGUUAAGCAGUUUUGGAGGAUUAUACCAUCCCUGCAGAGCCUGAUUUCUUCUGUUUCCUUAUUUAGUGUACAAAAUAAAAUUUUUUGAUAGAGUCAUGUUGAACUGCUGAUGCUAUUGUGCCUAUUGUGAUAAUAAUGGUGACAGAGACGAAAGCCUCGGAUGCUGAAGUAUGAACCAGCUUUUGUGCCUAUCAAUCUUCCUUGCACAAAAGCAUCAUCGUCUAGUAAUAUUUGUAAGAGCUUGCUUUUAACCUUACAUUGUGCACAAAAUAAGGCACAAAGGCUUAAAAAUGUGUUGAUUGAUCCCAGUUACCGAAUAUUGUAUAUUUGAUUCCAUCCAUAAAUUCAUUUUACUCCCAUUCCAAUA